ACGGGCCGAAGUCAAAACAAGUAAACAACUCGUACUCGCCUACUCGGGGCGCGGCGACGGCUGGCUGAGAGAUGGCAGGCUAUUCAAGCUGCCUAGCGGUGGCAUUUCUGUCUGUGUUUGUGCAAAGAGCGUGGACGGCUGAUGGAGCAGGAAACGGUCUUGGAGAGCUGUACGAGUGGCACACAUUGGAAGAGGGUCUACAGUUAACACAAAAGACUGGGAAGCCCCUCAUGCUGAUUAUUCACAAGUCCUGGUGUGGUGCAUGCAAAGCUUUGAAACCCAAGUUUGCUGGGUCUGCUGCAGCACUGGAAUUGAGUAAGCAUUUUGUGAUGGUGAACACAAUGGACAAGGAAGAGCCAAAGGAGUCUAAAUAUGAACCUGAUGGAGGAUAUAUCCCCAGAAUUCUCUUCAUUGAUUCCAAGGGAGAUGUGCGGCCAGAGAUCUACAACAAAAAUGGAAACCCAGAUUAUAAGUUCUUUUAUCAUGAUGACAAGACUAUUGUGGAGUCAAUGAAGCAGGCAAAGGAGCUGCUAACGGCACAAACAGACAGGGGCAAUGAACUUUGACAUUCUGGCAACAUUAAUAAGUUGUGAGUGGGUAAAUAUAAGAACAUACCUAUAGUAUUGACAAGUUUUAUAAUUUGUAACAUAAGAUAAUAGAUAUACUUCUAGAAUUACUUGACAUCCAAUAUUUCUGUAAUGUUUUCUUUGUUUAAAGUUCCAGCAACUAAGGUUUCUUUUUGACUUGCCUCAACUAGUAGUAAGCCUCAUUUCUUUUCAAACAAACAGCUAAUGUGCUCUUACAGUUUUUCAUCAGGAGACAUAAGAGCUCCUACAUUUAGUCAUCAUCUCAUUUCCUUAUCUAUUCCAUCUAAUUAAAUUAAUAAGUAAUCUCUCCAAUUAUUUGGCGAUUAAUGAACUUUAGAAGGUUUCAUGGCUUUAAUUAUUUGUAGGAUGAUUCACAAUAUUCACCAACAAAUUGCAAAGAUAUUUCAGUCCUUAUCUCUCUCUCUCUCUCUCUCUCUCUCUCUCUCUCUCUCUCUCGUAGUUUUCUUGGGCAUUGUAGGCACCUUCUAGGAAUGUUCAAGUGAGUGGUGGUAGGAGCAGCAGAAUUACUCUUCCACAAUUCAAAAGUGAAAAAUCAUACUUUGUAUGUUGAUGAAAAAAAAUAUGCAUAAAGUAAUAAUAAUAAAUUAAUAGAUAAAUUAUAUGAAAAAUUGAUAAUAAAAAGUUUAUAUCAGUUUGCA